AUGACUGAUGAAAUUCAUAACGAUGCUGUCCGCUUUCUCACUCAACAGAGGAAUGGCUUCGACCUCGCAGGUGAGUCGGUUAAGACAGGUAAUUAGCGAGUGUGUCUACUGGAUGGAGGCAAGGUGUCUGGGACAUCCAGGGGUGCUCAAAACAUCGUCUCUGGCAAAACUUCUUGAAAGGAUAAUUUUCUAUGAAAUUCCUGACUUCUGUCUAGCUAAUCGGCUUCUGAGCUCUAAUCCACAUGAAUUUUUAUCUGAACGAUCCUGCGAAACUUGCCAUCUGGCAUUUCUCAAACUAAUCACUUCUCUUCGUAGUGAGCGGCAGUCAGUGGUAGUUAUCUACUUUGAUCUUAGCAAAGCCUUUGAAAAGGUGCCCCAUAGACGUCUUUUAGUAAAAUUGGAAGCUCUCGGCAUCCGGCCGCCUCUACUCGACUUCAUCAGUUCUUAUCUGUCCAACUGAUAUCAGAAAGUCAUGGUCGGUAAUGGCUACUCGACACCUCACUCGAUCACGAGUGGCGUACAUCAAGGCACGGUUCUGGGUCCGCUACUCUUCCUUCUUUACAUCAACAGUAGUUCAACUGAACUCGGAAAUUCGCAAACUUUUGCUUAUGGCGAUGAACUCAAGUGUGCUUACUCAUAUUCUAAGGAUACCCCAAACGUUUUUGUUGAAAAAAUGAAUGCCGAUUUACCGCGCUUAAGCAGAGGGGGUUCAACAUGGCAGAUGGAGUUUUCAUCCUUCAAGUGUAGUUUCAUGUCUUUUGCUCCUGCCAAACUUCCUGGUCCCGUAAUUUCUCAGAAUAACCCACUCUCAGAAUGCUUUACCAUGAAGGGUCUAAGUUUAAGUUAUACGAAUAAACUUGCUUUAUCGUCUCAUGCAGAUAGAAUCUCUGCCAAAGCCGCGCAGACAUGUGGAUUUAUAUCGAAUAUUUUUUCCCUUCCGGAAAUGAAGCUAAGACUUUAUCAAAUGUUUGUUUUUCCAGUCCUCGAAUACUGCUGUCCUUUCUUUGGUUUAUUGAACGUCUGUGGCCGCUAUAAGAUUGAAAAUGUUCAGAUGGUUUUCACAUGGAAACUGUUCUCUUAAGUUUCGUCCGGUACUUCUUAUACUCAAUGAUAUCAGCUGGCGAACAUUAAGUUUUUAUGGGUUAGAAGACUCGAAGCCGGCCUUUGCUUCCUUUUUCGCAUCAACUCUAGCUCCAGUCUUCCGCCCAUUGACACUCCCACUUCGAGAGCUUAGUCUUAUGCCACGCGCAACUCCUCCAUGGUGAUUCCGCCGCCUCUCUGCACUACAUCUAAGCGCUCCCUCUUCUUUGCUUCCAAAUAUGCCUUCGUUUUUAAUAAUCUUCCGCCAGAAAUUAGGUCAUCGCCUAAGUUACUGGGAUUCUAGUCGAAAUAACGAAAACAUAUUACACCGGAAAGUAUAAAAGCACGUUUAACCGUCUUAUUCUUGAGCACUCAGCUUCUUGACUUCUAGAAGGGUCCUCCUGGGAUUUAACGGUAGAUCAAGUGGAAACCCUCCUUUAUAGCUUUACGAUCCCCCGUUCUGAAUAGCUUGCGAAAUCCAAUACUACCACUACUCCCCCAUAGCGACGAUUUUCGAGGUUAGUGAUGUCAUCUCUCUCAUUUCGACCUCAAGCCGUCUGUCGACGCUCACGGCGAAACCCUCAGUAUUCGCCAUCUAUAGUAGUUUGGUGGUACCUUCCUUCCCCACUGCUCGGCUGGGCUCGAAGCGUACUGUGGCCGAUCGCGUCUGGAGUCCUCUCGUCUGGCCUCUUUGACGCGAAUAGUCUUAUCGGGCGUAUCAAUCCUGCCCUGACAAUGUCAGUUCUGAAUCCCAUAUCCAAUACCACAUGCAGUCCAGUCCUAUCCGACCCGCGUACUUACCCCCCAAGGCUGACAUUUAUUUCAGCCCUGUAGAUGUCUGAUUAUAAUCCCGUAUGCACCGCCACACUCAGGCGAGUCCUGUUCACAUUUUUAUCAUUUAAUAAGUGACAGUUUCCCUUUCUCCUGUAAAGUUAAUCUCACCAUUUUUCAAGUUCUAUGGUGGAGGUUUUUUCACUGCUGCUCAUCACUUUUCUUAACGGACUACUAAUUCAGAAACUAUGAAUUGAAUUUUUUUACAGUUUCUGCCUACAUCGUCUAAAUUUCACAUGUAAAUUUAUUUUAAAUUGCUUUUAUCGGACCCCAAUGGGUCUUUUAUAAAAAUUAUUUAUUUAUUUCUUCAGCCUGGCAAAGCAAUCCCUCCAUCAUUGUCAGCAACAAGUUGUCCUCACCAGUGUCCUUACCUCUUCUAUCAGCAGCGGCAUCAUUUUACUCAAACCAACAAAUGCCAACACAGCAGAAGACUUUGCCGUCGACAUCCAAACCAACGACUCAAAAAACGGAUAUCUCCAGCUGCCACUUUUAUUCGGGCUACUUCUUGCCGGCCGCGUCCACUCACGCUGCCCAAAACACUACUGUUUGGUGCUUUUCUCAUUCAUUCGGUUUAGCUUUUCCUCUUCCAUUCGGAUCGUUCACCCAAACUCUGAUCUGGGAAAAAAAGAACUUUUUUAGAGUUGCGAAAAUUCCCAUUGUACAAUUCAAAAGGCGAGCAUACGUUUGCUUUCGAUAAAUUCUCUUCAGGCCUGUACAUUUAUAUGGCUAUUGAAGUAAUGAAUGCAAAAGAUACGGGUAGAUAGGGGAGGGUAGGGGAGGGGGAGGGUGAGACACCAUAAUUCCAGUCGGCGCCAGGGGGAAGGUGGGUUCCGGCGAAUGCAGUUACAUGCGGGUGUCUGGCUUGGUGGCUUUGGCCCAUGGUAACUGUGGGGCCUGCACGAAAUUCUUCUGCGCGCAUAGGACCGGCCGGCGUAGCCUAAUUGCAGCCGCCUCUGCCGUUGCCAACAAGCGCUGCCCAAGCAGUUUUGGAUAGCUUGAUGGGACCUUGUAGAUCACUCUGAAGGCCUCUGUGGCGUCUACACGGUGGCCUGUGUCUACCAUGUGCGCGAGGAUCGAGCUGUUGAUGUUCUUAAUUUGUCCCUUUCCUAACCAUGCUGGGAGAUGUUCUUUCAUUCUUUUGGAUAAACGCCGGCUCGUGCGACCAAUAUAUUCUGCCCCACAGGAGCAGGUGAAGGAGUAGAUACACAUAGAGGUGGUCUGAGCUGGUAAUUUGUCCUUGCCCUCUCCGUAUAGGAUGGGACUGGUGGAGAACAAUACACGGGUGUCAGCUGCUGGAAAGGUCUGUGCUACAGCUUUGGUUAGGCGUCUUCUCAGAAGUUCACUUGGUGCAUCCCCUUGAAAUGGGACCCUGAUAAAGAGCCUUUUCUUUUCCGCCGUCAGCAUCGGGGCUUUUGCGGUCUUUCGGCCAUGUUCUUAGCGAUGAAUCGGUCAGGAUACCCGUUUUGGCGAAAUAGGCUUUCGAUGAUCUUAAGCUCUUUCUCAACGCUAUCGGCUGAGCAGAUUCUUCUCACUCUUUCUGUCAAACAGCGGACUAAAUUACGUUUAACGUUUAGCGGUACAAAACUCCCAAAAUGGGUGUAUUGUCCGGACCACGUUUUCUUACGAUAAACGCUACGUCGAAUGCUGUCGUCAGGUCUUCUACUCAGAAGCACAUCCAGAAAGGGAAGUGAACCGGCCUGUUCUUCUUCCAGAGUGAAUUUUAUUGAUGGGUGCGCUUGAUUUAUGUCAUCCAGUAGAAUUGAGAUGUCGCUUAGUUUCGGUGCAAUCGCGAAUAUAUCAUCCACGUAUCGCCCAUAGUAUCUUAGACCGUUGAUCUGGUGACGUAACUGGACAGCUUCUAAUUUUCCCAUGAAGAUAUUCGCCAAAAGCGGGCCAAGGGGCGAGCCCAUUGCUACGCCGUCCAUCUGCCUAUAUAGAUUGUUGUCGAAUAGGAACUGUACGUUCAAGGUACACCUCAAUAACAAUUCCUUGAGGGCAUUUACUGGCAGUCCUAUAUCCUGUUGAUUGUCGGCAAUGAAAUCACAAAGGUAGUUGACCGUUUCCAUUACCGGUACGUUCGUAAAAAGGGACGAGACAUCUAACGAAAACAUAACCAUUUCGUUCAGAUCAAAGUCUUUCACGCCGUUAAUGAAUUCAAAAGUAUCUCGAUAGCUAUGUGGCGCUAGUUGAUAUUGCAGAGGUUUAAGUUUCUCCGCCAGCCAUUUCGCUAUUGCAUGGUACGGCGAGUUUCUCAUAUCGAGGAUUGGGCGAACCGGUACGCCAUCUUUGUGGAUCUUCGGCAAACCAUAUAAUCGAGGUAUAUGCGUACCGACGGGUCGGAGGCGCUCUACGUCGUGUUCGCUUAUGCAACCGUCCGCCUGAAGUCUUUUCAAGCAGUCAGUCAGUUGUGCUUCAAUCUCGUCUGUACGGUCCUUCUCCUUCUCUGUCUUUCGGAACUUUGCCUGAUCCGACAGAAUUGACUGUAUUUUCGUAAUAUAGUCUACCCUGUCCAUCAAAACAACGCCGGUUCCCUUAUCUGGCCUAGUUAUCAGAACGUCUUUGUUCUGCCGGAGCUGCUUUAACUUCUCAAUGUGUGACUUUGUCAGCAAGCCCCGAUAUGUCUGACGACUGUUCAGGUAUUGGUAAGAGCAAUUGACUAACGUAGACUUAAGAUGUUGUACGCGCUCUGUCGAAACUGGCUGAAGGUCAUGUGUUUGAUUCAAGAGAUUCUCGAAUUGUGUUUCUAACUCUAGCUCCCCCUCCCCUAUCUACCCGUAUCUUUUGCAUUCAUUACUUCAAUAGCCAUAUAAAUGUACAGGCCUGAAGAGAAUUUAUCGAAAGCAAACGUAUGCUCGCCAAAUUGCCUUUUGAAAAAAGAACUUGUUGUAGCUCUAUCGCGGCAGGCCAGGCCGCACGUGAGAUCCUGGCUACCACGACAUUCAGGCCCUGUCCCGAACGAGAAGUGAAGGUGGACGUCAUUUGGGCGGAUUGUUUAUUCUGUGCAUAAUAACUGGAUGCGGGGCUGGAGAGAGUUAGCAGACGGACGAGAGCAAGUCUGGCGCUGGGAGAGCAGCGCUCCAGUUGUCCGUCAAGGAAUGCGUAAAAAUGUUCUAAGACAGCCACGUCUGACCGGCCUUGAUACUGAUUGGUCGUUUGGAAAGACGAGCGGAUGAAUACCAGACAGCCCUGGUGCGCAUGGGCAGACAUUCACCAGAGGCCUAGCCCUGAGACAGGCGCUCGGAGUAGGGCCACUACAGUUUUACUCCGCGGGCCUGUUCGAACUCUGUGCCCUUUGCGAGCACUUGCAUGUGCACACUGGUAGAAGUCUGGUUCUCGGCCAAUCACGGCUGUCCGAACCAAACAAUCAACUCCUUCAUCGACACAGAUGUGGUCUCGUUUAAGGCACUGUGACGCAUUCACCACUAUUACUCGGAACGCCGCCCUCAGAGAGCUGGACGUGCUUACGUCUGGCUGCCAGCCUAUUCUAACCGGUUCUUCAAUCUUUCUGCAGAAACUACAGCAGCCUUCCGACUGGUAACCAACAAUUCCUUUUCCCAUUCGGGGUCGAGCCUGAAUGUCCUGUUGCUGGCCGCCAUACCUUCCUAUGCAGACGCCACUUUCGCGGCGCCUGACGCACUCUCGUCCAUCUGCCAGCUUCCCACUGUUAUUCUGUUCAGAAUAAAUCCCCUUUCCAACUGGCUUCCCACAUCUUCCCAUUACGAAUGGGAUUUGGUUGGAAGUAGUAGCGCAAUUAACACCCAGCGUUUCCUGUAUGCUACUGGCAAUAAAUCCAGUAUCAUGAAAAUUAGCAUGCCGUCUUUGGGGGUUAGUUAAGGGAAGUCCGUCACCCGGAGAGGUAACUACUUACGGUCUCUGUAGGACACUUUUGAGCGCACCACACCUAUUGUGAGCCUGAGACUUGGCUCUUUUAAAAAAAAACAUGGAAUCCCUAGUAAACGCACGAGGGUUACUGCAGUGCCAGCCAGCCCUCAGCAAAAGUAGUUCCCGUGGUAUCCUGGUAGGGCGUUCGUCGAUUGGCUCCCCUUGAAUGUUAGUUCAUUUGGCGCAUUCGUGCUCAGUCAGGAGCCAUUACAGGCAGCAGCAUAGCCGCCAAAAAUGAUACAGCAAUGAAUACAGAAUCUCAGAUCGUGAAAAUCUGGGAUUGACUAUGGUUGACUGACGACGACUAAUAGGCCGGAAAUCCCUCUUGUCUCCCAUGUCUUUAGCGGUGUUCCUACCUAUAUUCCUCACUCUCAGUAGGGCUUUUGCUCAGUUUCAGCUUGAGUUUUUCAGCUGGAUACUUUGCAACUGCUUUGUAGUUUAAGUGUUUACAAAAAAAAACAGCGCCAUUCGUCGCGGCACGAUCGAUGUCUGUCCAGUAUGCUGAAUGCAAAGCGCCUCCACAUGUUCAUAAAUACCCGUCUGCGGUAUUAGAACUUCUGUACUACAGGGUAAAUGACUGUCUAUGAGUUGGGAAAUGCGAAGCUAAUUUCGUCUGUUAAGAGAAAACAAGACACACAACCUACAUGUCCUCGGUUUAUCUGCAUGAAAUCUAUUCAAGAAUGCGGAAAUGCGAAUCGAAGCGGGUCCUCAUCCAGGAUUUUUUAUGUUCAUUUCCUGUCAGCACCAGCCCAACCCGGCCCGCUCUUUCCCGAUUGGGCUGGAUGUGGCUACGGUUGGGCUGGGUUGGGCCACAAGACAGGGCUACGGCGUGGCAUGGGCGGAUGUGGCCCAGUUGGCCCCAUCAACGAGAAGAAUGCGCAGGGGUGCUUGACUUUUCACUCAUUCCUGGUUCCAUUUUUCGAUAUGGAAUCCAUCGCCGGACAUACAUGGACUGCCGAGCCACCACUGAGUAUGGCACACCAACCACAAUUAAGCCCAACACAGGUUUUCCCCAACCCAACCGAUUUAUGACGCAAGCAGAUGCUUGUCGACGAAACGACGAAUAUCAUAACGCAAGUCUUUUGAUUGGAAUUAGAGGGAGAUAUUGAUUGGUGAAUAGAAUAACAGUGAAGGAAUAUCAGAAUUUUGUACAAGACAGGGGUUUUCAGUUCUUCCGUUUGCAUAGCAGGCUGCUUUAGACAAACGAGAACAUUAGCUUAUUUUCAUACUAAUUUAUUAGCAUAGAUUAUAAUAGUAAUCACGUAUAUUAAGUAGUUCAUGUGAUAGUAUUCGGGAAUACGAAGGAGGUUUUUUUAUUUAUAAUUUAAACAAACUUUUGUGUCUUCUUAGGUAGUCAAAAAGAAUAAUGAAAGAUAUAUGAAGUCCGUUGCGAAAGCAGCAUUAAUAGUAAAAAUGUAAGCGCAAUAACCAUGUCUUCUGUCGGGGACAGAUGGGGACGAACCUCGGUGACGGUUGUCCCUCACAGUUGCUUAAUUGUGGAAUAUAAUCAAAUUUUUCGAAUUACCUCGGCGACUUCUUGUCGGCUGGAUUUUCCGCCGCGCCUGUCUCUGACUCGUGGAACCAGGGAAUGGCGGUUUUUCGAAGUUCCUCACUUGGAGACUUACUGAAAGUUGGGUUAAACCUAAUGGCGUCUGCGGAUGUUAAUAAAAAAUUGACCUGCUGGAGAAGAUAGUAUGGAGGGGACAACCGGGGGACGACUUUUUCUCUUGAUCCUCCCAAGCAGAAGCUGAUGCAGAGAAGUGACCUAGCAGAAAAGUCAGUAUAUUUCUAAGGAACUCGCACUCAUCUUGUCCUGCAACAAUCGAUUCGUUAUAAGUGUGCAGACAUAUUCGUUAUAAGUGUGCAGACAUAUUCGUGUACUUACCACCUCCUGUGCGAAAUCGGUUUAUGAACUUAACAAAAUAAUUGUAUUCCUCCUCAGUGUACAGUAGCAGAUUCAAAAGUAUUGUUGUUUGUCUGGCAGAAAUAGACUUCAUCUAUACUGCUCGCAGAAUUUCAGCCAAGGUUCCCUUAGGUUGUAUUUCAUUAAAGUUUUUGACCAACAGCUCGACCACACAAUCUACUUUUUAAAAUAAUGAUAUAAUUAAUAUUCUUACCGGAGGCCCUCGACUUCUCAAUGAAUCUGAGAACUGCAAUGUUGUGGGCAGAUUCGGAGAGUUUUUUGGCGUCCCAAAAGGUAAAUAAGUAAAAUAUGCUUACUGGAAGGGAGCAACCGGUGCAGGCUGGAUUAGCAUACUCCAUGGGAGCGAGUUGCUUAGCAGAUUUUCGUCUUAUCUUGUCCUACGUGUCAUUUGAGGGAUUCAGGCCUACUGGCGGAUUGGUGGCGGCGUUGGCCAACUAGCCAGUCUUCACUCAGGCAGUCUGCCAGGGUAUACGUCGUCCUCGUUAUUGUCUGAAUCGGGAGUCAGCCUGUGCCCAAAUGUAAAGGGGUAUUCUGACAGCUUAACAUAAAAGGAUCUAAAGUUCAAGCCCCACAGUCACACCAACCUUCGUGUAUUUAGAGGUCUGAAUUUGAGUUAGGAGAGUUAGACCUUGCUAUUUAUGAUGAACCUAGGUGAUUUACCUGAUAUUUGGCAUAAUUUCAAGGAAGUCAUUGGUUUAGUCAGAGUUUCCUGCAGGUAACCUCAUAAAAACUACUUGAUGUCGUCUUACAAAGCACCCUUAACUUCUAGUCUUUCUUUAGAAGGCGUACUCGACUCUUGGCUCCCUCGUUUUUCCGCAUCGGUCAAAACUGGCCUCUGUGCUUUUUUCAAAUCAAUAAUUCUAUGUAGUUUGUUUCUUGGUUAUAUUUCGCUUCCGUGCUGUUUUCCGGCGUAUAAGGUGUGAUGGUGUGGUCCGUUGUGUGCCUUGGUCGUAGAAGCACUGUUCAUCUGCGUUGUAUGCAUUUCGACCAUUGGUAAGCGAAUACUGGGUAUGGCGACCCUUUUUAUGGAAAAUAAAGGUAUAGUUCGGUGUUAACAUGAGUUGGCCAAUUACUCCCCCAUACAGCAUAUCCCAAGUGGAAAAUGCUGUAUGAUACCCAAAUUAAUUAGAGCAGCUCGGAUAGCUGUGUGUCUUAAAACGGCAACAGACAUGCAGGAAUGUUUCAGUUUCUGUCGUAAGGUCAAAUAGUUCUGCAGUUUACCCGUCAAAGCUGACUCCCUUCUGGGACAUGGCCCCAUCCCAAAGGCGAGGCCAUACGGCGGUGGACGGGACCAUAUGACCACGCCUGAGGGGUCAGCGUUUAAUAAGACGUUAGUGGACCAUCUUUAGCUUGUCUCUUUAAUGUUUAUAAAUUUUUUGGAACGCCGUUCGGACUGGUUGCCAGCGCAAUGGCAGACCUGAUGUCGUGCGUUUUUCACAUAUUUGUCUGACGUGGUUGAGGAUAAAGGGGUUCUGGAUCCACCUUUUUAAUUUUUUGGCAUCUAUCAGUUUGUGUUGAUUUUGGGCUGGGAGUUUAAUUCUAGGCAUCCACCCUACCUAAAAGACCAGUUUACCCGUUAGCUUAACUAUGGUCAACCCGGCGCAUCCAUGGGUGACGGAUAAUGGGAUGGUUUUUGUUAUAGUUUAACUGCGAAACACGAAGGCUCUCUAGCCCGAUGGAUAAGUCGCGGCUUGUGAUAAUACUGCCAGGACUCGGUAUGAUGAGGUCUGAUACGUCGAUUCUUGUAAAAUACCAUAUGGCCUAACCACAAACUGCCAUUAGGUGCUCGCGUAACGCUGUUCCUUUGAGGUCAAAUUUUUGAGUCAAAGCAUUUGGCGAGACAGCCUCAAUCAAGCACUUCGGAUGACUGUUGCGGUCCCGCCUAUGCUCAAAAUCCCCUAUAAAUCUCAUGAAAAUGUUCCAACACCGUAGUACAAUCAAUACUACGGCGACAUACGCGGGGACUGACGCGUCACGAAACCCCAAUCCAGUUCUGCGGACGAAUAAUGCACGGGCCAGGCUGCUCCAUUGGUAAAGGACCCUUAGUAUUGAAUGUUAGAAUAAUCAGAGCGCCUUGGUCCUGGUACCAAAGGUCGGACUGUGUGUGGCUUUUCAAAGUACAACCUGUAGCAAGGUUAAAUCAUCCAACCGGACUUGGGAAUUCGAGAUUCUGGGGGUCAUCCCCACUUCAUUAUCUAUCACGGCGGCCUACGCCAACCCCUCUGCCAAGCAGUGCGACGACCAUCCUCGGAACGUUCCAGCCGUGCAUCGCUUACGUGACACCCAGUCAGUGACUGACUAGUUUAUGUACGAUUGAAAAAGCAUUAACAUCUCUUUUUAGUUUCUUUUUUACGUCGAUAUCAGCUGCUAACCCACGUGAAAAUAUACCUGUUAAUUGCUACUGGAAGAACUAAUUGGAAGACGCCCUCGUCAUGAUCUUUUGCAGACAAUCGGAAUACUCAGACUGGACAAUUUAACUCAUCUACUCAUUACCUUAUUGGUCAGUUUGGACUUUAUUCCAAAUGCGACAGCAGUAAAAGGACGCUAACUCACGUUAACCAGAACCGUCUGGUUGCCACCAACACGUGCCUUAGCGACAGCGAUCAUGUGUCACUUUGAUAUUCAGUGAUGGUCGUGCGACCAUCCAUGCCGGCUAGAUAAAACAACUCCGGAUCUCCUAGUUUGGUUCGUGACGACAAUUCAGUUUAUGGCGCUGAGAUUGGCAACGCCUAUAGGCCAAACCAUAUUCUCAUUCACAUACCUGGAAUUUCACUUCUCAUCUGUUCCAAAAGCGUGUUGUGCACGAUGGUUUUUCGUCGGAACUGAACUCAGCCGACUACAGAAGUCGCGUUUCGCCUUACGGUCCGUGUCGAAGGUGGUGGCAGUAGCAAGCAGUUGUCACUAGAGUCCGUGGGUUAGCAUAGAUAAUUCUCAUAACUAACGGUCACAUCGCACUGUCUGAGUCUGUGCUUGGACCGUACAGUUGUCGGCUCAGACAUCUGAAACCAGGCCCUGUACUGAUGAUUCCUUCCGCCAACUACGGAAAAUGUAAGCAAAUUCAGAAAGAGAUGAACGCGAAAACCACUCAUUUGGAAUGGCACCUUCCGUUGAGAAGGACUCAAACGCUGGUUGUACUCGCUAAACUCAACCACGUUGUUCGCUAAGCUAGUGUUAGGUCUCCCGCCCAUAGUGGCCCUGUCUGCGAUGUGAAUGAAUAUUAUAUCGCUGACGACUAAGUCAGGGUGGGGGUGUUGGCGCCAACGCUUUGAACGUCUUCUCAACUUCAAUGGCUAACCCAUUAUCAUCUUCCUUUUCUUUGCAUCAAAGUUUUGUCCCUUUGACUCUUUCUGUCCCUUUCUCUCUCUGGAGCAAAAUUAUUGUAUGUGGUUUAAAUUGAUCUCACGUCCUUGACCACUACAGAGUAAUCGAUGCAAUACUGGGGCUAUGCAGCAACGGGGCGACCGACAAGGAGGGUAUACCCGGUUAACUUUAAAUGUCUUGCUUUGGCACCAGCGCCAUGGAGAGAACCACUCGUUCUUGGUGGCUGAGGAUUGACCAUUCUGUCUUAGAGAAGAAAGCAUCCGAGAGCAUUCGCACCAUAAGUCUUACCGAAGGUCUUUGGUCACGUACUCCAACCCCGUCUCAAAUGAGUCAGUCUAGACUCGUUGCGACGUCGCAAGGGUAUCUUGGAUCAUCCAAGGCCGACUUCAGAGGUAGUUCUGGUAACUUCUUUGUCGUCAGCUCCAUGAUCAGUUCUGCUGCUCUUGAUCUAGCAACACUGCCAGCCUACUGGCAUGCCGCGGAUCGACUUCGAGUCCCUGAAUGGGUCGUGAUGGUUCGCCGGACAUUCGUCAGGGUUUAGAUGUCCGACCAUACGGUGGAUGAGACCAGCUAACAACUCAGCUCACCGACAGUGUCCAAUUUCUUAUUCUGUUGGGCGAUAUCCCCGUCGGUGGACGGCGGUCACACAUACACCAACAAUCUUUAGUUAGCGGAAACUGUGAAAAUUAAGUAAACUGCCGUCCUAAUGUAGGGAUUUUUGUGAAAAUGUUGUCAACUCGUCCGUUGCUACUGAAGCGGGCACGCCUUUUCCCGUGUUAUUACUCAAAAAGUGGUAUUGGUCAGUCCUGGACCCUCAAAAUAUCAUUCCUCCGUCAAUCGAGCAUAUUUUUAGCAUCGCAGAUGAUUAAGCCUGAAAUAUUAAGUUUCUUUUUCGUUGAUUGCAUUUCAUGGAACAACGUUCAUGUUGUUGAGUUAUUGCUACCAGGCACCGACCUCACCAUCCCUAGCUCGAUGGAUCACUUUACACUUGUUGGUGUGAAACGCCCUUCUGCAGGCCUUUUCGGAUCCGACCUUGUUGAGCACAAACUUGUGUCUCUCCUUUUCUGUCACUGCUUUCAACAGCACAUUCAUCGACAGAUUUUACGUCGGUCAGGUUGUUAGUUUGCAGUAGCUCUUUUCCUUCACAUGUGAAGUUUCGAGGAACACGUUACAUGUUGGCACCGUGGUUUACCUAAAUAAAGUCUUAAAGCGUAGCAGCUCUGUUUGGCACGGUCACACGUAAUCCCAGACCUUCCUUUUUGAGUUACUACAAUGUAUCCAAUAUCCCGCGCCAUUCUCCUCUGAUAGCGGAAAACGUGUGUUGUGUAAGAUUGAGUCUAAUGAUAACAGUAAUAACAACAAUAAUAGUGAUUUUGACACCAGUUGAUAAGCAUCGCAAAAACGCAUUUACCACACAGUCAAUAUUGACCAUUAAAGCGAUUCCAGGUCCCCGAGAUUUUAGACAGCGCACACUAAAAAAACGAACUUUUUGUGUUCUCCACGUGUAGCUGACGAAAUUUCUGGGACUAGAAUCGCUUUCAGCAGUUUUUUUGAUGGACACUAGUGAUCUUAGAAAUGCAAAAUAUCCUAAUUCACUUUGCAUUGUCAUCAACAGAAAAUCUAAAUGUUGAGUUUUUUGCGGAUCCUAUCAGCCAUACUUGUCAUUGAAGGCCAGUUGACAAAAGCGUCGACACCUAAUCUUUUAAAGACUUGCUUAUGUCUGGCUGACAGAAAUCAGCAUUCCUUCUGCCCGUGAAUUAUUAUCUAAGUGUUACAUUAUUUUUCACGUGACAUUUUUGUGUCUUUGUUUCUAACAACCUUCGAUUGUUAACGGCCUUCGCUUGCCAACUUAUUGGUUUCAUGUUAUAUAGGUAAAAAUAUCAGGACCUGUUCCCUCUUCAUGGUUGUCUACAAUGACGACCGAAUCGCUUCAUCAAACCGUCCCGCUCGGGUCAAGGGCUCCUCCACCUCGUCCCAAGCCGCCCAUAACAUACACCAAAGCACAUUAUCGAAGCAUUGCCGCAGUAGAAUAUCCGAAAGGCAGAAACCCAUUCGGAGAUGACGAUGAAGAUGAGACACUUGAUUCAGACCACACUAUCACUAGCCCACCUACUAGCUGCUCAGACGUAUCUCCGGUUGGCACAAGUGCCAACACGCCCGACAAUCUUGACCUCGUUUAUGCUCCGGCGACCUCGGAUGAAAGGCCGCCCAGGGCCUCUGUCUCAGUCGAAGCUGCAGCCUGUCGAGGAGGUUCGCCGGUUGACUCUUUGUCCGCCAGCGAUACUCCUUCGAAGCCAAUCAAUCCUUUUGAUACCUUGACCCCUACUGAUGAGGACAAAGCUGUCGUAAAUGCUACCCUCCAACCUCAAACCGCAGACGACGUCACACCUACUGAUGCUGGCCCAUCACUUCGUACCGCGCAAACAGUUGACGAAGGAAGGCAAACCGUAAGAGAAAUCCCUGAGUUUAGGGCUACACAGGCAACUUCCAACGUGGGGGUUCCGAAAAAUCCGUUUGAUGACUUAGUCGACAGUGAUGAUGAGGAUGAUGACAAACCACGAGAUGAAUGGUCCCCAACACCUUUCAGAGCAUCUAAUUUGCCAACUGCGGGCGUAUAUCCUCGUCAUCGCCAGAAGCGGCACGCACCACCACCGCCGUCUGUGCAUGCCUCUCCCUCACCUCUGACAAUCCGAGCACAUGAUCCUUCCUUUAAAACUACUAGCUCCGACUACUACAGUUCCACGGAAUCACAUAUCUCAUCGGAGGUCUCCGAUGGUUGGACUCGCACAACUUUCGCCUUGCCUUGCGAGGGCGGUACACUCAGUCAAGGUCAUCCAUCUCCGAGGAAGGAUCCCCUGGAGUGCUCCCGUCAGCUCUCCGCUUCACUUGACAACUCGCUGAACUGCCGUCCACAUCUUUCCAAAGGACCGGCCCCACCUCUGCCUCACACGGAAAAGCGGCAAGUACGUGCGGAAAGUUCCACCGGUUUUGUGAAGUACGACGUUCUUCGUAAACGUAUUGAAGAGAUUUCUGAAAAAAUUGUGCAUGUGGACGAUGCGCUGAACGACGCGAGUAAUCAACUUGCUAAAAGUUAGUUUUCUAUGUAUUUUUUUAUUUUCUUUCCUGCCAAUAUGCAUCUGCUUUUAACACAUUUCCAGAUUUGUGCAACCUUCCUCUGCCAGAGAAGUGGCAUUACACUAAUGUCUGGUCAAUUUUCUAGUUGGAUUGAACUCACUACAUCGGAAGAAGUACUCCAGGGCCGUUGAGAAGCUGCAAAAGAAGCGGACUGCUCUCGUUCAGAAACAACAAGCUCUUAAGAUUCGGUAAGCCGAUAUAAUCGCCUUAGUUUCGACUUACUUAAGGAGUCAUAGUCCCUUGGCAGGCGUUUUGCCGCCAGGACGGAACCUUCAUUUUCUACUGUCGAUAAACUUUCUUUGCAUUAUUAUAAGGCGUGCUUGAGCUGGACGUGGGUUAUCGUGGAAUGCAUAUGUUAUUUCACGAUGUAAAAUUUAGCUUUUAUUUUAUAAUACUUUUCGUUGGAUGCAUUUGUCUGUCUGAAAGAGUAAGACCACUUUGCUGCCAACAUUGGGAUCUAAAAACUGGGACAUUCCUAACAAUCUCUUUACACUCUGUGGUGUUUAAACCUUGGUUCUGCCUGCGUUAAAAGGCUGUUGAUUUUUUGCAAGGCAUUCAGCUAUUAACUUAAGGUACACUUCAGCUUUUGGGCCUCUAGGGUUACUGGGACCUUACUUCAUGCUGGAGUAAAUAAAAUGACUUUAGAAAAAGCAAAACGCAUUCAUUAUUCGUGUUAAUGGUUUAGAUUCCCUAAUGCACACCUCCAAUAUCAGUCCGGCCGACCUUACCGAUGGAAUUUCCGUCGACUUAGUGGGCGUCAAUGCCUCAUUCACACAAACUCUGCCGUGUCGACCGCCUUUCUCGUCGGCGGUCCAGCACGUGAACUCCAGCCAUGUGGAAAGGCAGCAGUUCUCGCUUCUCCUCCUUAGGCUGUUUUGACAUCAAACUGAAAACCAAGAGCCUGACUUUUCGGCGAUUUCGGUAACAGACAAGGAGUUCGCGUAUACACUGCAGAACAUCUUCUUUUGAGCUUGACCUCAGGCUUCCUUACAAGGGCCCUUCUACCAUGAUGUACGGGUAUGACUGAGGUUACGCUGUGGUGCUUUGAUUGUUUAUUCACUCCUUGGGACAUUCUCAAACUUAUAGUGAAGCGAUCAAAAACCGUCAUCCUAUACGCACCUCCUGCUCGGUUGGCGUAGGUGCUCUGGGAGGUUACGUGUGCUCCAUAGCAGUCAUCCUACUUUUUAAUUCGCUCUUGCGGUCUAUGCCAAAUCAGAAACAUUCACUGAUGGCAUUCUAAUAGUGAUGGCCAUCGCCUACAACCUCCAACUCUCGGCGAAUAAUCUUAGAUCACAAUACUGAAUAUGUCCAUAUGGACCUCAUAGGUGUACAUUUGGAUGUCCCAUUAGACAGCUGACUGGCAGCGAGUACGGCCUUCUUGUAUUGAUCGGGAAAACAUGCACACGCCUGCGCCGAAUCUAAGGCCGGAUCAACUGUCCGUUCUCGACAGAUGUGAGGAAAUCACGUAAGAUUGGCGCUCUUCGGCCUGUCUAAGUUGCCUAACGGACACGAACACUUCUGUUCGACUUCAGCUCUGCCUUACCUCAUCUCCGAGACCAGAUUUAGAUGGCCAAUUGCGCUCCACAGUUAGGUGAUAUCAGUGCAUGCCGCUCUCAGUGGCUUGAAUGUUCCCGAUCUCAGCUGACUCGGCGUGAGCUCGUGAUGCAGUGGCGAAGGCAUUGUAGGGAUCAACUGACACGUGUUCAAACCUCGGGCGUACAGCUUGUGGUUGGCGUGUCACCGGAUGUUGACGACAAAUAAGCCAGAAGCGGCCAUCUCAUUGCCCCUGCUUUUGUCGGUGCAGUUUCUCAGCGUCUGAGAGUGAGGUCAAUGCCACGUAAAUUCCCUACACUUUAAUCCACUUCCUGCUCAGGUCACCAAUAGCUCCCCUGUAAUGCUUGAUAAGGAUGGAAGUAUUGCCACCAAAACGGAAGUGUAAUUUGACAUGUAUAAGCGAUUAGUCUGCGUCAAGACCAAGUUCACAUUUUUCCAAAACUGGAGAGGACACAAAUGCCCUUUCCCGUUUUCUAACUUACCACGGUGAACGAAUAAGUGACUAUGACAGGCAGUGAUUCCGGACACGGACGUUUUGGAACGGACCGGAAUCCUCGGCAUUCACGCCAUGUUGAGGCAACUGCAACUGCGAUAGAGCAGCCAUCUCGUGGGCAUGGCGGUGAGCGACUGUCCAAACGACUCUUUGGAGAUGUCGCUACGGGUGCUUGUCAAAAGACGUCAAACAUGCUGAUCUGCCUAGAGAAGAGCAAUGAAGACUGGAACAGUAGCCUGUGAAACCAACCGAAUAGCCGCUGCCAAAGCGGAAAGAGCGGCUCAUAAGUUUCAAGCGCCCCUCGACCCACAACGCCGACUCCCAAACUCUUCCCUCAUGCCCACGUUGCCAACGAACUUUUCGCGCACGAACUGGUCUCAUUCAGCAUAUCAGGACCCAGUAUAACAACGAUCCCACGGCUGCCUCUACGAUCGUCCUCAUCGUCCCCUCUACGCCAGCCUUCACUAUGUCCACGAGUACGACCCCCCUCACCACUAAUGACCACACCCGAUACCCCGCCGCCGUAGAUCAUCGCCAUCUCCAUCACCCCUGCCACGAUGAUCUCGAUGACGACCAGCUUCCCCACUCCCGCCACCGUUGAGGACGCUCCCGACGCCUCGUCCACGUCUAUCCCCACGAAUACCGCCCCAGUACCAGCGAUAUGGACCCGGUUCCAGCCUGUCCUGAUCACGAUCGCACACUCGCUUCAUACGUCGGCUUCGUUGGUCACUCGCAAGUUUAUCGCGCUGCGACCGACACACCAGUGCCAGUUAUCCCUACGUUCAUUCGUCGCAUCUGCCUUCACCGUCCGCACUGUCCACCCACACUCAAUCCCUGGGCCUUUUCGGUCACAUGCGUUUCCACAGCAACAAAAUUCGUCGCAGUAUUGACGCACUAGCAUACCUUGCGCACUCAAAAAUUCCCCCAUCCCCAGCCCUACCAGCUCCCCAUCCACCAGCGCGGCCACCAGUAGCAGCACGAAAACGGCGACCGACUUACCAUCUCUCAAUCUAUCUUGGCCAACACUACCGACGCACAUUCGCCUUAAGCAUCGGCCUAGUGAGCGCACUUGCAAAUGCAUUGCAGAGAGACUAACGAACCAGUGCCUGGAGCAUCAAAAUGUACCCGUCGCCAUGGCCUCAAACGACCGAAUUGCCCUCGCUCAUUCGGCCAUUGCCUGGACCUACUCGGUCACAUGCGCCUCUACGAAGAUCUGCGGUAAGUCACCGCAGGCUUGAUCACAUCACCACACAUCUCCCCAUCAACAGAUGCACCAAAUGCGAGCCUUUCCAACAUCAUGCAUCACCGGCACCUCCUACGUUAGUGAGAAGUGUGCUCUUCGACUCCUCCAUGUGGCUCCUCUAUUGCAUUUGAGAUCCGGACAGUCGACCACGUGUGUCCCACAGCACGGUGGGAGCAGUGACAGUGACUUGCGCCGACUGUUUCGUCCGAGUUACACCGUCAUUUGGCAGUCUUCCAAGUCACAGCUUUUAGCACGCCGUGGACCACCAAGAGUGAAGGCUGAAGGCUUGUUCUACCACAACAGCCAGCCAAGGACUGUAGUUCCCACCGCCCACUUGGUAGCUGAGCCCAGAUGCUCAGUCAGAGGCAAGCGAAAAAAAAACAAUUUCCAGUCAGGCACUGCAUCGACAGCCGUCAGAAAGCCUUCUAGUUGAGGGAAGGGAAGAGGGAGAGACUCGCGGAAUGCUUCUACAAAAAAGUAGAUGAGGAGUCGCUGUGUGCCGUUCUUUGACUAUGAUAAUGAGAUUGGGUCUUGCCUACCGCUGUAACUCUUAGUUUAACUAUUGCGGAGCUAGCAUAAUCUAAAUUCACUUUGUCAGCACCUUUCUAGAAGGCGCAGUCAUGGCCGGCGUAAGUUGAGGACGUACUUAAAUCCGAGAUCCUCUGGUACCCACAUUUAAGAAGAAUCACCCGCAUAAGUUAUCUUGACGAGUCAUUUAGGUGGUUUAUCAAUGUCGCGUUUCGCAGACAGGCGCAAGCAGUAGAGUCAUGUGACCUCACCUGCGCAAACUGUCGUACGCCUACCCAAGAACGUUUUGGCGCAUCAACUGCCAAUUGUUUAGUGGGCUGCUUGGGGAAGGGAAAAGCGGCUGCUGUGAGUAAGAUAAACAAAACGCCUUGGUCAGUAAUUUGAGUUUUGCGGAUAAGCUAAAUGCUGUUAUUAACGGGAACCAGUGUACUAUUUUUUAUGAGUGAUUCCAGUGACGUAGUAAAUGGGACCUUGAGCAUCUAUUUUAGGCUCAUGCUGCUUUUAAAGGAACACUUGCAUUCUAGGGUUCAUGAUCACAUUCUAACUAUUAUUAGGCCUAUCGCGUGCUAGACAUAAAACAUGACUAUUAUCGGUUUAGCCGGUCAUCGAAAAAUAUGCCUGAGCCUGGAAAUAUUGCUGAACAUUGCCAUCCUGGCAUAUGCCGUACCUGCUACAUCCAACUCCUCCUUUUCCUGUUUUUGUCCUUUGUAGCGUAAAGCACCGUAUGCCUUUUAAAAUUUCAGCCAUUACCGCAUGUAUUGUUAGUCAUCGCCAACAACAUGAAAAUCAGGUGUGUUCUCCAAAAAUAUCAACUGAAACGCGUCUUUUUAUUUGGGUCGCAUUACAAAAGCAGAGGGAAAGUUAUGGAUUCUCACUAGAAUGACACUUCUGUGGACCGUUUUGGGUUACCAUGCAACUGUCGUCAUCUACUCGUACACCGUUAUGACUGUAAUCAUGCCUGAGUUAUCUGGCCUCAUCAACUUGAUUUGAUUCCCAUCACUCUACCUCCUAUUUUCCUUUUGGUUCCUCUUCCCCUGAGAGUCACCCUUAUCGUCGGGCCAGGACCCCGUGGGUUUUUUGGUGCACGCGGGUCUGCUUGCAAUUUUUGCGCGUAGUUGUAAGUUUCAACUUGCAGUGGAAAGACGGGGUUUCUCGUGCCUGUAGUCGUUCAGCUUGUCACCAUGUUUAGGCCAGCAACAGUGAUGGUAAGCAUGAUGAUUGUUGGUUGUCGCUUUGAAGGCUGCCAACGUACGAGGUCAGUUAGUCCUCUCCUGAUGAUAAUGAUGCGAUGAUGAUGGCGGUGGCGGCGGCGGCGGCGACGUCGACGAAGACGAUCCAUCUAUUCAAUUUUUGCUCUUUAUUGAAACCCCUUCUGUUAGCGUCAUGCUUUCGGCCUCCACAAGGCCAAAUGUACAGUUGUCAGUCCCAACUCCCUCUAUUUAUGAUUUGGGAGAAAUAGCCUUGUACCUCUUUUUUACUGCGUGGUUCGCUCUUUUUAGUCGUAGGCAUUUUUCUUACUUCCUACUCCUAGGCUUCAGCGACAAACCCUGGAGGACCGCCACACCGACCUCGAAUAUGAAUUACGGACAAUACUGGCUAAACAGGGUAAGCCUGUCAGUAUGACAUGCUCCUUAUUUUACUGACGGGUCUCUAAUCUCCCAUCUUUUUCACUUUUGUUAUUACCCCAAUUUUUUUCGUAUAGAAAAUAUUUGCUUCCCCCAAGACCUUUUUUAAUUUGUCUGAGUUUGUUCAUCACUAGCCUCUUUUACCGGUUACCUGAAUUCUAUGUGGAAUUUGGGCACUCUCCGAAAGCAAAGAUGGGACAAUACCAGAUUUCAGGACUUUAGUUAUUGACUGACAGUUUGCCAUUUUUGCGUUUUCUCUUCGGUGUCUUAAACUUUUACGACUCAGCACUGAACUCUUAACUUACGGUUUUAACGUUUUAUUUUUUGCGUCAAGUAAGUUUGACAAUGCUGCAUGAAUACUGGGAAUCCUGUAUGAGGCUGUGGUGUAGAGUAUGCGCCAUAGAACCUCUAUGCUGCCCUUCUAGUCACGUCCAAUUAAAAUUGUCUUGACUGCAUUCCAGUUUACCAAGCCUGCAACUUUCCUAGAAGCGAUUGCAUCACUGUGGGACUAAUUUCUGCAUUUAUUGUCUCUUUCGUUCGGGCUUUUGAGUGUGAAAAAUUACUGAGGGAUAGUUUAUUGGCGGGGUGUGUUCUUCGGUUAUCGGUAAGCACGGACUUUUUGAAUUUCAUUUCGUUCACACCCUGCGGUCAUUGUUCAUUUCCACCCGUUGCGCAAUAUUUACCCCUUAGUAGUUAGUUGGUACUUUAUCUAGCCAACCACCCGUCAGAUCCUCUCUCUAUAUAUAUACCGCAGUCCUGCACAAGUACUGUUCAUCAGGUCGUAUACUCCGAGUGUAGAGUACAUUCGACCGCCGACUGUUGACCCGUUCGCGUAACUCACACCAAGUCUGUUUAACCUAGCUGCUUUAUAGUCGGUCUAGAUUAAUUGGCCUGAGUUGGCUUUCUUUGUGCCGCCCGUACGUGGAAACGGUGUAAACAAACAGAUUUGGACGGGAACACGGUUCUAUAAUGUAGCAUGGUUAGUAAAAUUUAAAUACUUCACUUGCACCCAAAUGUAUUGACGUCUGCAGUCGGAAAGGUGUGACGUAUAGUCAGAACGGUAGUAUCAAGUUACGCGGGAAGAAGACGAGGGGUUCGACCAAAUAGUACGAGGAUUGGGGAAUAACUGAAUGACGUUAUUUUCAGAGAAAACAAAAAGUGUAAAGUAGACAGUAAAAUGUGUCGAUAAAAAGGACAACAUACGUGGGAACGUGGAGGACGUUUAGGUGGGCUUUAAUGCUGAUAGAAGGCAGGCCAGAUUGUUCGAAUAAAAGAUGGGACGCCCUACUCUCCCAGUUUCAAAGCGUACAACUGCAGUUUUCCUUCUCUGUAGGUAUUGAUUUCUUUGUCUUGCAAGACGUUGGAUUUCUUGGUUAGAGCACUGAUUAGUGUUGAAAUAUUUGAGACAACAAUAAGAAUACAUGGACAAGGACGGCGAAGACUGUGACCGCAGUUAUUUCUGGCUUAUUUUUGCUCCCUUUGGCCACCCCUAAGGCCGACGCCUACGACGGAGAGUAAAAACACGCUAAGAUGGUCCUCAGACGAGGUCUAACCGAUUAGUCAGCCGUAUCACAUAACUAGGCUUCUUUCCAUUUCUUCCUAUGAGUCCUUGUUGGUGUCAUUUCUGCAUUUACUCACAAGGACCUACAAAGUAAGAUGGUCGUUUUCACAGUCUUCCUAGCCCUCAUCGCCCCUUUUCCUUUGUUAUUCACUUUGUUCGCUCGCCCGCGAUCCCUACCAUUGGAUUCGGAAGUGCAAGCCGGACGUAUCGACGUGUGCCUUUUCUCGUGUGGCUAUUUCAAGCACUAAAAAUCUUUCGCCCUCCCAUCAGCUCCCAACAACGGACGGGUAGGGGUGGGAUGUCGUGUGUAGAUUAGUAAGAGGAUUUCGGAACAGCGCUAACUUACCCCUAUGUAAAUGCCUACAGGGAAUACAGAAGGGUGCCGAUCACUAUAAAAGGACAGUGAGUGACAAUUAAACACCGACAAACGUUUUUGAGUAAUGCUAAAGGUACAAAUUUUGAAAGGGUGCCUUUCGGUUGUGUCGUCCGAACGUUUGUCCAAAAUCAAUCACCUCAAUAAUGUUUGAGCUGACUUAGCUUAACAGCUGACCAUGACAAUUCACAAUGGGACUUGUAGUACUUCAUUAAGAAUUGUGCGACAACCCUUACCCAUCAGAUUUUUACUGUUGAUGGUAAUGUCAUUUGGGUGCCAUCCUUGCGUAACCUGUUCGUCCCCGGUGUCUAAUCCGUCCUUUCACGUCUUUCUGUCUGUCACCUGUGCAGUUCAUUUUCUAGGCCCUAUUUCAUGCAUUUCUGGAGGGGCUGCAAAAUUGUCCUAUUUCAGGAAAUACACCCACCUUCAACCCACUUAGAUUUACUAAAGGGAGCUAAUUUUAAAAACUACUUCGUGCCAAAUGCGCCCGUCGAUAUGCGUUACUUUUCUGCACACCGAACAGACACGUUUUUUUUGUUUAUCGUCGAAAAAUGCAGCACAAAUUCGACUGAUUACUAAAUUACAGCUGGCUUAAACCGGCACGUAAGAAGUCUUUCCAUGGAGGACCUUGCCCCAAGAAAGCUAACUUGACGACCUGCCCUCUAGUCCAAACAGUAGCAGUUUUUUUGAUGUAUGAAAAUGACUGACACCCUUCGAAGGGUGAUCAGGUAUUUUCGGAUGCCUCCUUUGUCGGUGCAUGUACUUCCUCCCGUUACCGAUCUUGGUCUGCUUGCCACCUUUGCUUAUUUGUCGCAUAACUUAUUUUCCCCGUUCUGUUCUCCCCACAUUCCCUUCUUCCGGUAUAUCCAGGUCUUUUAUAAAAUGUUGGUGCUCUUCAUGAUCGCCGUCACAAGUUAAAGACCUUCGUUCUCAGCCUGUUAGUCAUUCCAUUGGGAAAGUUUAGUAAUUUAGACUCCACCAUCCGAAAAAUGGGCUUUGGUAACUUAACUGUUGACACCUAAGUUAGCCCUCCCGAGAUCUUGCAAUAUACACCCCACAAUUGACCGUCUCCACAUAUAACUGAUUCACCACUUUUUUUAUUUUUGCGUCAUGAUGCCACCAUCUCUCCCGUGUUUAUUAUCCCUUUCCUGUCCAGAGCAUCUUCGGACGGCCGAAGAAAAAGCUCGAGAAGACGAACUCCUCAAAAUGCUGGUCGAUAUUGUUGAAGAACGUACUAAAUUGGUCGAAGAGCAAGUCUCCUCCGGUGACUCGUAAGUCGAUAUCGUUGAAUUUCUGUCUCUUGUUUCCGCUUCAUCUGCCCUCGUUUGUGCAUUAGGUCUUAUUUAUUUUGCUCUGUGAUGGACUUUUAAGCCUUUGUUGCAGCCAAUUCGUUAUUAUUCUGUAGAACCACGGUUUAAUCAUCCGCAUAAAAUUUGACUAUCAGGUCCGAGACUAGGCUCUUGAAACCUGAAUAGGCUCGUCUCCACUAAGGAGUCAUUCCUACAGCUGGUUGCCCAACAUAAAUAGGAAAAUAAAGGCUGCUUUUUUGGGUCUGGAGUUUAUGUAUUAGGCGUUUCGAACUUGCGCUCAAGCAUGGGCUAUGCGCAGAACCCCCGUUUUCGUCCUGUUUCGUCCAUUUCGCGUUGCUGGGGUGAUGCAGACGGCUUUUGAGACCUAAAAUAAGUUGACUUCAUGGUUACUUGAGUUAGCACAAGAUUUCCGGAGCAUAAUUAUCUUUUGGACUGUUUUCCUUCCGGGUCUCUCAAUUACAUGAGCACUCUCGAAAGCAACUUGGUUAUGCUAAAAGUUGCCCGCGGCAACCCAUGAACGCACAUCCGUCUGUCUUACCGAUGUUUUCCGCCCAUACAUUCGUGAUCUAACUCAUGAACCAUGCCCAUCUAUGUAGUUUUCUUACCAUACCAAUGAAGUUCGGCAGCCGUCCCGAAUAUCUCAGUAACGCCGUUCAGGAACAUAUUGCCUACCCCCCACUACCGAGGGGUUAGAAAAGGAGUCCUGAUCAAGUAAUGGUUCGCUUAUAUCUAGACGGAUGUCUGUCUCUUCCUUGGUCAAAACAAACAGAAUCAGAUGCCUCCGUUCCCUUUUUGCAGAGCGGCUUCGUUUAUUCUGGCAACUUGGAAUAUCCGUUCACAUUUAGAUAACGCGGCGAUCAGUCGACCAGAAGGGAGGGCGAUUUUUGCCGUCCGAAAAUGGCCCCGAUAGGAAAAACAAAGUACCGCCCUAAUCGAGACCUGCUCUUCCGAGCAAGGAUAGUUGAAUGGAGUCCGGCAUAAUACUUAAUCUGAAGCGGCCGUUCUCAGGGAAAAACAACAGAAGGCUGAUGUGGGCUUCACUUUUAGAAGCGACAUUGCCAUUGGACUUUCGUCCGUUAAACGCCUGCGUAGAACACGGUUCUGUCAUAAUUGGCAUCGCCUUUUGCCUUCCCGACCUUAAAAAAGCCACAUGGAUGCACUCUUGCUUACACUAUUGGGUGUUGCCCCGGGAAGACGGGUUGGCCUAGCUGCUGGCUACCCGGCGCGUCCGCAGUUGGCGGAUAGUUGAACGGCCUUCAAUGAAGGUUGGCCGCAAAAUAAGUAGACCGAGGUCUGACAAAUAAGCAGUCGCGGACCGACAGCGACAGUGUUACCAGAGUGCGGAGAACUGAGGUCUGGCACGCUGAAAGCCGCAAAGCCUGAUGAUGGCACUGUGACAUGGCGACCGUGAACCACCACUAAAUAAGUUUGCUCGCCAUCACUGCCUUGUGGUUAGGCUUUUAAGUCAGAGCGCUAGAGGAGACGACCUCAAACAAACAAUCUGAGCGGCUGUUGCGACCCGCCUGUACUCAAAAUUCCCAAGAAACCUCAUGAAAUAGGUCCGAUGGCGCCCGCAGGAACCGAUACGCUCCGCAAACCUUGUGCGGACGAAUGGUAUGUCAGCCGUACUACUCAAUCGGGAACAGACUCUUGGUAUUGGAUACUGGAACGUGCGGACGUUCCUAGAUCCUGGUACCCAAAGUCUGACCGCGCGCAGCCUUAAUCAGUACAACGUGGAUGUCUACUGUCUGUCCGAAGUUCGACUUCCUGACUCAGGCUCUCGAGAAAUAAAGAUUCCCGGAGUUGAAUCACACUUCACCCUGUGCCACAACGGCCCUCCUGACACUUUUGGUAGACACGGUAUGGCUAUCGCUCUGUCGUAACAAGCAGAUCUCACUUUAAUUGUUUAGGAACCAGUCAACGAGCGGAUGGCCUUCGUGCGACUGAAGGGUCACUUAAUCAAUAUGCCUAUCAUCUCCGUGUAUGCACCAACUUUAGCUGCUGAGCAACUCUAAAACGAGUCGUUUUACUCGCAGCUGCAAGCGUUAUUUGAGAGACUCCCUCGCCGCGAUCUGCAAAUUAUUGCCGAAUAUUGAAAUGGUCGGACUGGACCUGACGACCCCACAACCAGUCAUCUUCUUGGCCACUUUGGGCUUGGUUCUUGAUUUGAAAAUGGCGAGAGAUUGUUGAACUUCGCUUAUCAGAACCGACUGCUUGUCAUCAACAUGUGCUUCCAGCAUCGCAACAAACAUCUGCUGACCUGGUAUUCAAAGGACGGUCACGCGGCCAGUCAGAUUGGCUACAUUCUAGUCAGCUCAAAGUUCCACAGCUGGGUUCACAAUAACAGAUCGAUGCGUAGUGCCGAAACUGGUAACACUCAUGGGUCAGACCAUGUCAUCGUUCGUACACGUUUGAAAGUUCGCUUCUCCGCACCAGAAAUGCCACGUCCCAGACGCCUCGAUGUCACAAAAAUCCAGCAACCCAGCACUACUGAAGUCCUGAGUAGAGAAAUCUGAUCCUGUUUUACGACCUGAGCCGACGGAGAAGGCAGUAACCAGUGGUCCUCACGGAAAACGUCAGUCUGUUGGGCAGUUGAGAAGAUUCUUGGAUACACCCGACGACACCGCAGUGACUGGAGCAGCAGAAGAACCCUUCAUUUGUCUGCUGAGACGGCUCGAGUCAUGUCCCGUAAUGAUGAUGCCUUCUGCCAACUUCGAAAGAUGACGGCAGAGUCGGCUAGGGGUGACUGGAAACAAUCUUGAGCUGAAAUAGCGAUCUCCAUAGAACAGACCUCGGACGUUGGUGGCACCCGAACACUCUACCAACUUAUCCGCCAAGUUAGUGAUAAGCCCUAUGCACUGAGUGACUCUAUUCGCAACAUGAAUGGCGGCUUUAUUGAUGACGACUGGGCCAGAGUCGAGCGCUGGCGUGAGCACUUUGAGCACCAUCACAGCUUUGAUGCCCAACCCACCACGCCCUUUUUCUCUUCUGAAGUGGAGAUUUAUCCCCAUUCCAGCCUGUGCAGUGCCAUGCGACUACCCUUCUGAAGAAGUCGCCGAUGCCAUACAGAAGCUACGCAACAACAAGGCACCCGAAAAGGACGGCAUACCCGCUCAAACCUACAAGUCUUGUGUUGAAACUCUGGUGCUCGGGUCCCAUGAGGUGAUUGAACAAGCGUGGAGAGACUAGCUUGUUUCUGAUGACUGGGGCUCGGGCAUCCUUGAACCUGUCCUCAAGAAAGGAAAUAAGACAAGAUGCGAGAACUACCGCGGCAUAAGCCUCAUCGACAUUGCUGCAGAGAUCUUCGCUAUUGCCCUUCUCGGGCGAUUCGAGACUGUGCGUAACUCUAGGACUAAGCCCAACCAGGCCGGCUUUCGUUCUUGACGUGGAUGUUCGGAGCAGGUAUUCACACUGAAGCGCAUCCUCGAAUUCCACCGUAGCCACCAACAACCGACGGCUGUCUGCUUUGUGACUUUACCGCCGCUUUAGAUCCCGUCCAACGUUAGUUCCUGCGGCGGAUAAUGUCACUAGAUGGUGUGCCACCAAAAACCAUCGCCGUGAUCACUGCGCGAGUUCUGCUCCAACCCAAUCUUUCCCAACCGUUUGGUAUUCGGUCUGACGUGCGACAGGGUUGUGUCCCAUCGCCCAUUCUGUCCAACUGUGCUAUUGACCGGACUCUCAGGAGGGCCCUACGCGAAGGCGACGGUGUUGAGUCUGCACCCGGACAGCGAUUGACUGAUCUCGACUAUGCUGAUGAUAUUGCCUUUCUAGCUUAAAGUGUUGAUGAUCUGCAGUCUAUGAUGUCACGGGUGAACAAGGUCGCUAAAUCGGUCGGUUUAUCCAUAAACGCUGAAAAGACUAAAGUGUUUUCAAGCUACAUCCCUGACCAGUAGAACUCACUUCUCGGGAUUCAUGACCGUCAACUUGAAGUAGCAGACAGGGCGGGAAUACAGUGUCGCAACACUUAGAAUUGUCUAUUCGCCCACCAGCCUGUCUUACGGGCGGACUACUACUACCACCACCACUACUACUGCUACUACUACCACUACUACCGCUGUUACUACUAAUACUACUACCACUGGCGGGAAUACAGUGUCGCAACACUGAAGAAAACUUUUUCCCCCGUCUACCACCACUGAUACGGCGAAUACUACUAAUAAUCCUACUAUUAGUACUACUACUACUACCACCGCCAUCACGGCUGCCAAUGCUACUCUACCAACGCUUACAGUAUGGGUAACUAACUGCAAUAAUACUAGCAUCAGUAACGGAGUGUUGCGACACUGGUAUCCAACCGCAGACAGUUUUAAAUGGCUAGGGCAAGGCUGUUGAACGGGCAGAGAUAGGACGACACUGUCUCCCGGGUUGAUACUGCCAGCCAGCUUUAUUAAAGCCUUAGAAGAUGCCUAUGGAUCGGACACGACGUCUCCAUCGCCACUAAGAUUCGCGUGUACCGUGCAUCCGUCCGGUCUGUCCUUCUCUACGGUUAUGAAUGCUGGGCUGUGCGCGUGUAGAACGAUCGACAACUGGAGGUAUUUGACCACCACUGCUUGGGGACCAUCCUUCGAGUGAAGUUAGCCGACUUCGUCUCAAAUGAGACAGUCCGGGCUCCGUGCGACAACAUCGACAGGAUAACCCAGGCCAUCCAAGAAAGACGACUGAGGUGGUUCGGGCAUGUUCUUCGUCGUCCACCUCAGGAGCUCAGUGUUACUGCCCUUGAUCCGGCACCGUUGCCCCAUUGGGGGCGUCGAAGAGGGGGUCAGUUCAAAACCUGGCUCGACACUGUCCGUCAAGACAUGGAGGUGGUUCUUGGACCUUCGGUAUUCGGUCUCCGUCGUUGGCGAAGGGAAUGGGUUGAGCUGUCCAGAUCUGCUGUCGCGGGUCGUCAUGCGUGGAGAGGUACAGUUCGAGACGUCAUCGAGGCUGGCUAGAUCAGGCAUGAUCGCAGCCGUAUUAGGUACAAGUAAGUACGGAUGUGUUAUUGGCGAACGCUAAAUAAUAUGCAAAUCGGGAGGCGAAAUCACUUUGACUGGCUUAUGACAUGUGAUGCUAAAUGACGAACCGAUAACUACGUAGACGUCUUGAUGAUGAGAAUCACAAAUACGACCUCCAGAAUUCGCACGCGGGCAUCAGGGUUGGUUUACUUGUACUGGGCAGGCUUGUUGAGUGUCUUCUGCCCGAAAAUAACCAGUUUCACAGAGCCAGCAUGGAAGACUAAAUGCGUGCGAACGAGACUGUUCUUUUUAUACAAAGUCAGCCCCAGUAUAGGUCGCGAGCGAUGUCAAAUCACCUGCUGGCUCGCGAGAUAGGGAAACUCCAAGGAUAUGCCAACCGUGAUGAGACGUUGAGAUUCCUUACGGUCAUGAAGGUAGUUGACUACGCCUAACACACCAUGACUGCUCUGCUGCCCAGUUCAGACAGAACCGCCACUGCUAGCAAGAUCAAAUUUUCUGGGGGGUUAGGCCGAGCACGUCCCCAAUCAUCUUCAGUUCGUGAGAAAUCAUCAACCGACUUCUUCAAAUGAGGACCAGCGACGAGUCCACUCGCUCCUUACCCCACCCUUCGGUGGACCAUUACAGCAGCACAGCUCUUACCCGGUAAAGAAGCAAUUUGUACUCACUGGGUGCAGCUGUGAUCAUACCUGAUCUAGGCGGCCUCGAUGUCGCGAAUUGCACCUCCCCACGCGUGACGAUCUGCUCGAUCCACUUUCUCAUCCUGCGAUAGAAGCCGAACACAGAAAAUCCAAGAACAAGUGUGUCGAGCCAGGUUUCCAGUUGAUUUCUUUGACGCCGCCAGCUGGGUAAUAAUAUCGAGCUCGUGAAGCACGCGAUGAAGAAAGUGCCCAAACCUCCUCAGAUGUCUUUUUUGGACGGCCUUAGAUAUCCUUUCGGUGCUGUCGCAGCGACUGCGGACUAUCACAUUUAAUAUAAGGUCCGCCUAUUUUACUCGAAGGAUACUCCUCAGGCAGCAGUGUUCAAACACCUCCAGGUCUCACUCAUCUUCCGUGCCUGCUGUCCAACAUUCGCAACUGCAGAGGAGGACUGGCCGGAUGGAUGCCCGAUACAAGCGGAUCUUUGUGACGAUUGAGUUAUCGCGUCAGCUCCACAGAUAUUUCAUAAAGAUUUCGAAAACCUUGCUGGCAGCGUAGACUCAGGAGAUGAUAUCGACUUUGCCCUGACUAUUCGGCGGCAACUUCACCCGGAGGUCUUUGAAACUGUCUGUUUCAAGUUGGCCGACACCAAUGCCGAGGGGUGCCUUCUGGUUAGGUAUGCAUCCACGUCCAGCCCGAGACCCUGCAUGGUUGGGUCUUGUCCUGGGGGCUUUCACACUGAGUGUGCCAAAAAAUGACAGUGACGAAGACGUUUGCAGCAGCUUUGUGUUGAGGACAGUAUGGAGAGAUUCUGAAAGUACCCUCGUGAUUCUGUAUCGAAGUAUUCGUGAUGGAGAAUGCCGUCGAACACUGAGAGAACAUGUAUUUCGCUUUGUGAUGCGAUGACAGCGUUGUUAAGACCUGUUUAAUUACCAACGGAGUAUGGAUCCCUCUGUGGCCGAUAUUGUCGCCAGGUUUAAAUAUGUGCACUUGCGAGACUAUUUGGCGCAAAAAGUUAAUUCUACCGGUUUUCCGCCAGAUUUGAAUGUCUAACAUUUGCUUUGGUCUGGACCGGGAACAGAGUUCUUAUGAAGUGCUCAAUUACUCGGCCUCAGGUAUGGCACGGGGAAUUUGUUGAGGGGAAAAACAGCAGGCAAAGGGAAUUCGUGGUACUGAAAUCGCCAAAGUGGGCCUUUCUCAAUAAAUAUGAUCUACGCAUCGAUCUUCAUCUCCCAUUUGAGUCUCUUUUUUAAAAGGAGAGAUUAUAGCACGUGUGCAGUGAAUGUCACAAGCUGGACCUAAUGCGGGGGCAUUUUUCAGCGAUAUAUUCAUGCUUGUUAUUUCUAAAGACUGUCCUCACUGCUCUGGCAGCUAUUUGAAGCUGUUCGGCUUGACCUCACACUGACCUCGGACACAGGGCUUCGUGUAGGUUAUCUAUUAUAUGCCACCUUACGCCCUGCCGCACUCCACUAUGCAGCUGUUUAAGCAUCUUCGAGGGGGCCCUUGACGAUUCCGUCCGUCUUUAUCGUCCGUACGCUUUCCUUUACUAUUUGCCCGUCACUCCCCGAGACAUGUGUGACUUUCAUAGCUCUUUUCUCUUUCAGUUCUCCGACGGACAAAAUGCGUGCACUCAAAAGUGAGUGCCUUCUUAACUGCCUAUAUACGAUUUCCGUCCGUUUAUGCUAUGCCAUUUUCAAACUUGCAUAACCUAGAGCUCCCCGAAGGCUCGCUUCUCUCUUCUUUCACUGAUAGAUUUUGAAGUGCGGUGUCCCUCCAGCUGCAUCCUCGCUUAGGUUAAAAAGUAAAACAAGUUGACCUGUGGGAUUUUUGUUUCACAGGACUUUAACCAGCUUUUUAACCUCUGUCCGUAGCAGAAAACUUGUGAUUCCUGCUCUCUAGCAUGACUGUAGGUAACGUCGCAUUGGUUUAGUAUCAUUCUCCGAAACCUCUACACUUUGUCGCAAAGCCGAGACACUUUAGUGCCGCGUGCUACUUAGGGCUAGUAGCUCAUUCACGACUUAUCGAUUUUCUCCGUACCUACGGUCCUUGCUAUCUCUGCUCCCCGUUAGUGUGUACUUACGCCGUACGAGCCAGUGUGCCGCAUCACACAGCCUUUGUUAUGGGCUUCGAGGCGGUUGUCUUAUUUCCUGAUCUGUGUUCCGGUGGCACCGAUAAAGUUGAAGUCAAACUUCGCAUCCAGUUGUCGCCCGUCUCUCGGUCCUUCUUACACUCGUGCCACCAACCCCACUGUUCUCCUUUUUUAUCCAUUUGUAGAUGUAAAACAAAAACUUCGGGCCUCCGUGCAGGUGACUCACUUCUCAGGACCUUCAAAUCCCGACCACUAG